AUUUUGAGUGAAUCAAGGUGUGUUGUGAUGGUGUAAUUUGUGAACAAGAUUUUCUUUUUAAUUGAUAAAAACUUGUUUUGUAGUGAUAUUGAGUGACUUUUUCUAGUGUAAUUGUUACUUGCAAUGUGACACCCAAACUUCAUCUGCCAUGUCGACCCCGACACACAAGAAUACUGAUCCUCCUCCCUCAGAAGAGGUGGGGCCGUUCCGGUCUGUGGAGAUCAGUCCCCCAUUCGCCCACCUCCCUCAAAAAGAGAUGACAAGAGAGUCGCCAUCAAGUAGUCCGGCGCUCAGUCGGAGAAAUGAACUCAAUAACCUGGUCAACGGGCACGAGUUCCAGCACCAGAUACUGCAGCUGAAGAAACAGCAGCAGUUACAGCAGCAGAUUCUGCUGCAGCACUUCCAAGCGCAGCAGCAACAGUUGGCAGAGCAGCAUGAGCAGCAACUCAGACAUCACCUCAAGGAGCUAUGGGAGCAACAGAAGGCCCUAGAAGAUCAACAGAGAGAGCAGAGAGAGAAGGAGAGAUUGGAGUCUCUCAAGAAGAAGGAGAAACAUGAGCAAAGUGCAGUGGCCAGCUCGGAGGUUAAGCAGAAACUGCAGGGAUUUCUUUUGAACAAAAAACACCGGGAAGCUGCUGCAGCCAAUGGAGCGAUUCCUACCUCCGGCCAAGCCUACCGCAACUGGUCGGUAUUACAAGGUACACCUGGUGAGCCCAAUGCUACCAACAGCACUACCUCGCCGUAUCGUCUACUGGGCAAGUACGAUGAAGACUUCCCACUCAGAAAGACAGCCUCCGAGCCCAACCUACUGAAAGUGCGGCUGAAGCAACGAGUGAUUGAGCGCCGCGCGAGCCCCAUCGCCCGUCCUAAGGAUCGACCUAUCAAGCGCCGGGCUCAUCUUGCAAAGUCGACCAGCAGCAACCCUGACUCGGGACCAAACUCUCCCCCUGUGUCUCAGAUGUCACCCUCUGCUGGUCACAACACUCCCAUACAAGAGGAGGGAGAGACCCAGUAUGGUCAACUGUCCACUAGUCCUGGCAGCAUGAACGACAUCUCCGGCCUCUACACUUCCCCCUCCAUGCCCAACAUCUCACUUGGCCGACCACCCACCUCUACCCCUAAUGAGAACAAGCUGGCGCCAGUGUCGGAGGCAGAGGUCAGAGCUGCGUUUGCUGCUAGACUUGGAAUGCCUCUCACUGGGCAAAUGUUGUCCGGCACCCUACCCUUCUACCCCACCCUCCCAGUAAUAGAAGCGGAGUACGGAAGUGCAGCGUACACACACAAGCAGAUGGCGUCAUUGGAGCAGUCUCGUGUGGGUGUUCACUCUCUGUAUCCUUCCGCGGGUAUUACAGACACACAGGUGGCACACGCUAGGCUCAACAAGCAAGGUCACCGACCCCUGGGACGGACACAGAGUGCGCCACUGCCCUUGGGACAUCCCAUGUUGACUGCUGGACUAGUCAUGGACCCGGCGCCUUCUCACCAUCAGAUCACCACUCACAACCUGCUCCGACAGCAAAUCAGACAGACAGUUCUGACGAGAGCAGGCAGCAGAGCUCAGUCUCUCAGUGGCAGUCAGCUGGACGAGGCUCCAGAGGGAGAGGAUCUCACUGAGGUUAUAGACCUGACGGAGAAAGACAAGAAGGCAGAUAUGGAGGGAGAGAGUGAGAUCUGUCGCCAGCAGAGAGAGAGGGAGAGUUUUCUGCAACAACAGAGGGACUUGAUGAUGAGGCACACGUUACAAGUCAGCGAAGGUUCUGCCUUUACUCCCCGAGCGUCUCAUGUUGUAAGGCCGCUGAGUCGAGCGCUCUCUAGUCCUCUGGUGGCGCUCAGUCCGGAGAACGUUCCCUCAUCCAACCCUUCACAGAGUAGUCCCUCGGUGGUGACGACAGGUCUGGCCUACGACGGACUGAUGUUGAAGCACGCUUGUGUUUGUGGAGACAACAGUCUACACCUGGAGCACGGCGGACGUCUGCAGAGUGUGUGGGCCAGGCUGGGAGAGACUGGUCUGGUCGCUAGGUGUGACAGAGUACGCAGUCGCAAGGCUACAUUGGAGGAGCUACAGCUGUGCCACAGUGAGGCACACACACUCCUAUUUGGUACAAACCCUCUGAACAGACAGAAGCUUGACAUGAGCAAGUUGUCCAUGUUGCCCAUCAAGAGCUUUGUGCGUCUGCCAUGUGGAGGGGUGGGGGUUGACUCCGACACUACGUGGAAUGAGCUUCACACUGGACCUGCCGCUCGCAUGGCUGCUGGCUGUGUCAUCGAGCUGGCGUUUAAAACUGCCACUGGUGAGAUGAAGAACGGAAUGGCUGUGGUGAGACCACCGGGACAUCAUGCGGAGGCAUCACAGCCAAUGGGCUUCUGCUUCUUCAACUCCAUCGCUAUUGCGACUAGACUUGUCCAACAGCGCCUGGACGUGAGAAGGAUACUCAUCGUAGACUGGGACGUUCACCAUGGUAAUGGGACCCAGCAGGUGUUCUACGAUGACCCUAGAGUCCUCUACCUGUCUCUACACAGGCACGACGACGGCAACUUCUUCCCUGGAACUGGGGGACCUACAGAGUGUGGCACAGGAGCAGGUGUUGGCUUCAAUGUGAACAUAGCCUGGUCUGGAGGUCUAAACCCUCCCCUAGGAGACGCCGAGUACCUGGCUGCCUUCCGCACUGUGGUCAUGCCUAUAGCCAAGGAGUUCAACCCUGAGCUGGUGAUGGUGUCAGCUGGGUUUGAUGCAGCAACUGGCCACCCUUCACCACUAGGAGGCUACAAGCUGUCUCCAGCAUGCUUUGGCUACAUGACCCGUCAACUCAUGCAGCUCGCUCACGGCAAGGUGGUGUUGUCGCUGGAAGGUGGGUAUGACCUGGCAGCUAUCUGUGACUCGGCGGAGGAGUGUGUGAAGGCAUUGCUGGGCGAUGACCCGAGACCUCUCACGUCUGAGGAGCUACACCGCUCACCUUGUCAGAACGCAGUUGACACUUUGCAGAAGACCAUCGCUGUCCAGUUGAGUCACUGGGCUGUGUUGAAGCAGACGGCUCAUCUUGUGUCUUGCUCAGCCAUGGAGGCGAGUUACUCAGAGAGAGAAGAAUCUGACACUGUCUCAGCCAUGGCGUCACUCUCUAUGCAACAACAGGCCUCCUCACAAAUUCAGAGUCCAGAGAGGUCAAGAGAAGAGUCAGUUGAGCCCAUGGAGGAAGAUGAAGUCAAGUGAAGGAUCAGUGCAUCUUCUUGUGUCGGUUGCUCCUCUUGUGUCGUCGAUGGAUGGCAAAGUCCGUCGUCGCUUGGUCGCGUCCGGACGCCAUCCUCACGUCAUUCCUCGUAGCAUGCUUCUGUCUGUUACCGUUCAUUGUAUGUUAACCCGCCCGGUGAUGUUAUGUUACGAGCCUUCUCUACCUCAGUUUUCUUUUUGAAGGCCUUUACACUUUUUUGUCUUCCAUUAGUCUUGUUUUCAUCGUUAAGUUCUAUCUUAAUGAUGUGUCUCGGAUUGUAAUUCGGAUUCUUUUGUACCGUUUUCCAUUGUUGUGUCUAUGAUGUAACAAUUUUUACUUUGGUUUAUGGGUGAGAUUGUACUCGGUGUAUAUGAGAAAGGCGGGGUCGUUAAAAACGGGAAUAUUCUCAAAGCUUUAUUCCAGAAUGUGAAAUUUGUCAUUAGGAAUGUAAAGUCUUGGUGAAUUGAUUUUUUUUUACUGUUUAAUGUUGAUCGUUUAUUAUUCGUAAUGAUGAAGUGUUAUAUUGCUAAAAACUUUAUUGUGAAUUCGUCUAUUUCCAAUUUAAUACAUUUCCAUGUUUUGAAUUUCGCUUGGUAGUCUAGUGUAGAAGAUGACAGACGCGAUUUAUUUGGAAAAUGGAAAAGACAUAGGUUAAGAUAUCUGUUAUGAAUAAGGCAUUAAGUUUGCAUUUGAAACCAUGACAUAUUUUGUUCAACUUGAGACAGGGAUCAUUCACAAUAACUAAGCACAUGUUUACUCACCAAAAGUACCUAAUGUUCUUGUAGUUACAUUUUCAUAAAGCCACUGGUUUGAACCAACACUGUGUAUACAAAUAACAAGCUUUAAGAAUAGAUAUUAAAGAAGCCAAGGAUUUCCUACAAUUUUGCAUGUUCAAGGUAUAGCAACUAUUUUGCUUAAAUUAGUUCUCCUGGUAAUUAUUUUCAAGUUAGUGUGACAAUAAAUGAUUCUGUUACAAAUUUUUAUCUAACAAGUACCGGUUACACAAUUGUUUUUUUUUUUUUUUACUUAAUGCCUAAUCUCUUAAGUUAGUCGUAACAAUGUGAUUUACUCUUUUGUGUAUGAAAUUAUUUUAACAUUCCAAAAACCUUUUUAUAAAAAUUUCCAGAUCAAGGCUAAUUAAUGAAAGUAAAAUAUGUUUUGUAUAUAAAAGAUUGCGUUGUUAGAUGAUUUAUUUUUUGUAAGUAAGGCUUCAGCUUUGAGAACAAUCAUGUGAUAUACAUAUAUUUAUUGUUGUGCUAUUGAUAUAAGAGUCUAUCUAUGGACAUUAUACCUUGCUAGAAGUUUAUUAAUUGUUAUUUGUUCGAUGUAUAUAACUGUGAAUAAGAAUAUCAUAUAUUUUGAACGUAGAUCAAUGAUUGUCUAGCUGCUCAUAAUUAUACAUUUAAGGUGGAAAUAUUUAUUGAUGUAUUUUGCCGCCUGUCCGCAGUCGUAGUGAUGUGGAUUGGCGGGUGUCAUUAGUCUAGCUGGGCUCAAUGUUGUUAAUGUCGGCAGGUCCGAUCAAUGUCGUGCAAUAGUUUUAGUCGUUAGCCUUUAUUUCCCACACAUUAACCCAUUUUGUACUUUUUUACAUAAAUUAUAAAUUAAAUAAGAUGCUUAGUGAAAUCUAAAUUAAAUUUUAAUUUUAUAUGUCAAUAUUAGAAGUUAAUGAGAAAGUAUUCCAUUUUUAAAUGGAACAUUUUAAAAGUCCAAAUUGCUAGACGUAUAUGUAGACUUUAAUUAGUUUGUUUUUUAUUUGUUGAAAGCUUAGUGAAAUGAAGUGAUAUAAUAUAUGCGUAUUCAUCAUUCAAACAAAAGCAAAGAGAGGAAUAUUUCUUACCUGAAAACUACAAAUUAAUAGGUGAAUAUAAAAUUUGCGUUUUAAGGUUUUAGUUGUACACAUUUUAAUCAUUAGUCACUUGAAGCAUGUUACAAGGAUAAUUUCUCCAUAUUGCAAAGAAUAUUUAAAUUUGAUCUAUUAAACACAAACCUCUCAACUUCUCUCGAUAGUUUAGAUUCAAUUUAAUUUUUUUAAUUAUUGAUAUUUUUGCAUACUUUGUUUGUUGUUGCUAGGUAAGAUUGAAAAAAAAAGUAUGCGUUAGGUGGAAUGCUAUGUGUUUGUUUCUAGCUAAACCCAACUAGUAUUUGAUCCAGGACAAGAUAUUAAGCCCAAUGUUCAAGGACCGUUUUAAUUUCCAACUUUAAAAACAUGGCCCUAAAUAAUUUAGGAUUGAAAAAUAUUUACCCAUUUAGCCAGAUUUGGAUCUUACAUUUAACAUUUUUACUAUUUGGCUGUAAGUGUUAUGUCAUGUUUUUCUGCAUAUGAUAUCUUUCAUUUCACUAAACUUUUUUUGGUAGUAACAUCACCUUCACUAUGAGCUGCAUCUUAUAAUUCUCUAGUCAUAAUCGGUAUCAUACACAUAUACACGCUUCCCAAGCCAAUGAACUGUGUAAUUUUGUUUAUCGAUACACUUUUAAUCUAAAAUACUGUAUUGUUAUGUUUUCUUAUUUUUAUUUGAGGAUACGAAUCUGUAAAGUUUACAUAACGGAUCUUAUGUAGUAUGUACAUAAAGUUGAGACAUAUGAGUUGUUUUGCUUUGAAAUGUUUGUGUCUUUCUUAGUUCGUAAGUAUUCUAUUUCUACAAAUAUUGUGUCAGUUAAGUGUAAGAAUGUAUCUGCUACAUGCAUAGAAUAAAUUCCAGUUGAGGAACAC